GGACAACAACCCCAACCUGCUCCCACUCUUUCUCUGCACAACUGACGGUUCACUGUGGAUAAUGAGUGGAUAACCACUGCACAACGACCCCAGACAAAUCCACCUGCCCACUUUUCAGCCUAUUGCGGCCCGCGAAUCUGGGGAGAGUUGGGUUAGGGACCCGCUGCUCCUGAUCCUCCAUCCACCGCAGUCUGAGCACCGUCUUCAACGUUGUCAGAGUUUGAACUUGAGCUUGAUCAAGACUUCGUUAGCAGCGUCAGCCUAUCCUAGUUGUCAUUCCUCGCGUAGUCAGUUCUCACAAGACUCCUGCCCCCUUUCCCUGCUCUAUCUAUCGCUCCCCCCCGCACAGCUCCAUCCAUUCCUUCUGAUUCUCCCCUCCACCGUAUCCCGUCCCUCGCCUUGAUCUACAUUCGCAUUCGCGGCUUUUCUCUCAACUCCCGAUAUCGUUGCUCCUUUCAUUUUUCGUUCCUGCCUCAUCUGCCGCUGCUUGUUUGCCUCCGUGCUGCCAUGCUGCGACGCACAAGACGAGCGCCCAAAGCGUGCUCCUGGUGUCACCACCGCAAGGUGCGCUGCGACGCCUCUAUCCGCGGCUGUCCCUGUACACGCUGUCGCCAGGACGGGCGGCCAGAGUGCGUGCUGCGAGGAAAACUCCCACGGAACUUCGCCGGCUUCGUCGGCGCCCAACCCGGUAACCAAGAUACCAACACAGUCAACCAGACGAACCCGCACCUUGAGCGCAUCCGUGCUCUUGCCUUUGAGGCAGAUGGCCGCGAGAUCUCGUCGAGUCUGUCCCCGUCGACGAACCUCCCCGGCCAUGUCAGCUUCACGCACUACCCGUUCCUCGAGAUGCGGGGGAUGACUACCCUCGACCGUGAGGAUAUUGCCUUCCUUGCCUCCAAGGGGUGUUUGGGUGUGCCUGAGGAGUCCGUGCUCGAUGAGUUUGUUCGCCAGUAUUUCCUGCACAUCCAUCCUACCUCGCCGGUCAUCGACGAGGCCGAGUUCUGGCGUGUGUAUCGUAAUCCUGCAGCAGCCGGGAGGAAGAGGAUUUCGCUUUUUGUUUUUCAGGCGAUUAUCUUUGCCGGGUCACCAUACGUCUCCGCAGAGACAAUCCGCAAAUGCGGCUUCCCCGACAAACGCAGCGCCCGCAACACCCUCUACAAGCGCGUAAAAGCCCUCUACGACCUGCACGCCGAAGACCGCCCCCAUCCGCAAGCCCAAGGCUCCGUAAUACUAACACUGCACACCUCCGCCAACGAGCCCCAAAUCAGCAGCCUCUGGCUAACGCGCGCCAUCCAAAACGCCAUGAUAAUUGGGUGCCAGCCCGGCCCCACCGAAGACAUCGACCCCUCACUAAAGAAACGUCUCUGGUGGGCGAUCAUCCUCCGCGAUAGGAGUAUCUGUCUCGGUCUCCGACGGCGACCACAGGUUACCUCGUUUGACAUGGGGAUGGUUGCCGAGUUACCUGAUGAAGAUGACUUUGCCGAUGAGAUUAAUAAUUCGCCCGUGUAUAGUCCCGAGAUUAAGCGGAUGAUGUUGAAAGUCUUGCAGGAGCAGUGUAGACUUGCCGUACUGCUUUCGGAGAUGAUUACAUUUGUCUUUGCGAGUCAUGGGAUUGCGGCGCCGAGUUUGACCCUCGAGCAGUUCCAGGAGGAGCUGGGCAAGAUUGCACGCACCAAGGCGGCGAUGCAGCGCUGGGAGGCGUGCUCGCCGUUGCAUCAGUGGACUGAGGGCAAGGCGCCCGAGGCUGUGACGCUUUUCACGAAUUUCACGUACAUGUAUUAUCAAACUGCACGAAUCGAUCUCGCACACUACGAGGCCCUGCUGCUUGAGAACCACCUCAUGUUCAGCGGAAAGAACUACAUCAACCAGCUCUGGAGCGCGGGAAACACGUUGCGCGAUGCAAUGAGUCGUCUAACAAGUAUAAUGGAGUACUUUGGCCGAGAAGGUCGAGCACAGAAUCUACCACUAAGCGUACUGGCAUACGUGGCAAUGCCUCUCGUCCUCACAGCCAUCGACCUCAAACUCUCUCCCUCCGCCGCAGAGAUGGACCGCCGUCGGCGCCGCCUCGACUCACUCGGCGAGAUUGUCCGGCAUUCCGGCCGCGUCUACGACGUCACGGACUUCGUCACCGCAGGGACAAACCAUAUCCUGCGGCUGGCGUACAUGACCUCGCAGCACCUGUUCCUCCGCUUCGAUCAGGAUAGUCACACGCCGCAAAUCACCGGCACAGCCAAGAGGGGCGGUUCCCCGCCGUCGGCCUCUUCAAACCCAUCUGGAACAGGGAUGGAGGUCAUGGAUUCGGCGACAGCCAGCCGCGCGAAUACAUGGCACGAGGCCUUCCUCCGGUACCCGCGCGCGUAUCUACUCAUCUCGACGUCGGUCGACUACAGUCUGGCCGUGGGCCGCCUGCCGUAUGACAGUGCGCUCCCGGAACUCGUGCGGUGCAUUCCGCCGAUCGGGUUUGGGAUCCGAUUGCCCUGGACGAUCAAUACUCCGCAGCCCGAGGUUUCGGCCAGGAGGUUGUUGAGGAAUGAUAGCUUAUCGUAUCUCCCGUCCCACGCGGCUGGGGGUGCAGGUUCGAGCGGGGUCCGUGGUGUGACGCCAGGUAGCGAGCACACGGGGCACGAUGUGCACACUCUCCCCGACGAUGACGUCUCCGUUCGAACGUUCCCGGAUGCAGGGACUGAUUUCGCCAUACCCAUACCUCCUACGACGACAACGAGCGCACUUCCGACAAUUGGUACAACCACCGCCACAGCAACCACCCAAAAUAUCCACCCGCCUGACCCCAUCCACUCCACCAAUACCAACGAAAUCAACCUCGACUACCUCUACAUCGAGCCGGACAACAACAGCAGCAUGCUCGACCACACCGCUGAAUUCGACCGGAUGCAGUUCCAACAACUCGCGCAGGGAUUCGAUCCGCUGAUUUCGAGCUGGGUGCAGGAGUAUUUUGGCGACAAUACAGGUUCGGGGAGUCCCGGUGCUGGUGGGCAGGGGCAGGGGCAUAGUCCGGCUAUGGAGAUGGAUGGGUUGAGUCUGGGGUCGUAGAUUGGCAUUCCACAGAGGGUGGAUAUGUAUCUUCUACUGGACGUUUUCUUUCUGUCUGAUAACUACGAUAUGUACGUGUAAUAUGGGAGAAUGGCUUGGUGGCGUUUGACUGCUGCUUGGAGGAUUUGCCUCGUGUCGAUAGUAUAUAGUAUGCAUUGGACAGGGCGGAUUGACCAUGCUCAUUUCCCCCUCUUGUUUUUGUUUGCACCAAUAAUCCAA